AUGAUUCAGAACAUCGCAGACCGCUCCAAGCCACUAGUCGUAACCUCCGGGGUGGAUGUGCGUGUGUUGCUCCGCCUUGAUCGGGCGAGUUUCGUGGACUUUGCGCUCCUCCUGGGCACAGACUUCACCGACCGUAUCAAGCGCGUCGGGCCUGUACACGCUAUCAGGCUCAUCCGAAAAUACGGCUCGAUCGAACGCGUGAUCGACAGCAUGCCUCAGCGCCCCUUGCCGCAGCCGCUACACAUCUACCUUGCGCGGGUCAAAGAUGCGCGCCAGACCUUUGGCACGCUGGCUCCGUUGCCGCAUUGGAAGCGCUUGCAAGUUCGGGAACCUGAUCUUGAGCAGGUCUCUCGAAUCAUGAAGGGUUGUGGGCUGUCGUGGGCGCUGCAGCAAGAAUGGGAUGGUCGUAACUGGGUCUAA